GGUUCGCUGAAGAGAAGACUUAGUUUUAGCCUUCCACGUAUCGGAAUUAGGAGCUGGGAGCCUCUGAUAAGAAUCUGGACUUCCCUGUUUGUUAUGGUACCUGGAAGUCAGAGCGCUUAUAUCAUUCAUUUUUUAUUCCAAAAGCCAGGUGUUGGGAAGCGUACAGUUGUUUUCAUGAGACCUCAUGCCUUUAUUCUUUUUGUCCAGAAGAAAAAGUUCCUAAGGAAGGAGAAGGAUCCUUUGUGUACUGCGUCAUUCUUGCUGGUGAGAUGUAGCAUGGGACAUUUUGUGCCAGAAACCCGGGAAAAAGACCUCAUCAGCACCUCCAGAGACCCCUUGGUGACAAGGAGGAUUCAGAACUGCAGGAUAAUGAAAAUCCAGUUUGAGUUCCGGGACGACUUACUUGGAAUAUCAAGACAGAGGACCAAGAAGAUGACAACUCUGGUGAUCCUCAUGCUGAUCCAGGGAGUGCCAAUAAAAGUGCAGAGCGAACUAUGGUGGGGAAUUAUGUCAACCUUCCCCCUCCCGAGUCCGGUGAUGUAUAAUGCCCCAGUGUUUCCACGUUUCUUUACUACCAACAAAGAAUUGGGACUAGCCUAUUUACCACUAGAUUACCAAAUAGAGCAAGUAAAAGAAAAUAGGACUAUUCCCCUUAAGGGGAGCCUUUGUUUUGGCAUAUUCAACAAAAUAUCUUCUGAUCUUCCUUGCAUUAUAUUGAGUAAUCAAUCUUCUGCUUGGUUAAGGGAGGCCACAUGGGGAACUGGUGAGGAAGACAUUGUGGCUAACGCCACAGUUCUCUAUGGUUGUUGGCCUUACAUUAAAUCCUCCACCUGCCCUCUCCGUCAACCAAAGUUGGCACCCUUUUGUAGAGGGACCCAGGAUGAAAAACUUACUUUGCCGUGGACUGGUUGCCAGUCCCGGGACUCUGCCUGCGCAGUCCAGAAUUUUUUCUCUUUCUCCCCUGAUUUGGGAGGCGGAGUGACCUUCACCACCAUUGAUCCUAGACGGUCCAAUAAUAAUCCCUUUGAUCAAUGGAUGCUUUGUGGCGUUAAUGGUAGCUGCACUGAUCUUACGCCCAUGGCGAUGCUACUUGGAGGAAAGGGCGAAAAGGGACAGUUAUCAUUUUCCUGGAUGGAGAAUAUCCACCCUUCAGCCUCUGUCUGGACAGCUACUCGUAUUAAAUAUAAACCUUACUGGAGCACGGGGUUUAACCCUGCUCCGGUUUGUGUCUGGCUGCCAUUUGUGUGGAUUAUAAGUAAUGCCACUAAAGUUUCUAAAUUGAAUUGUACAGACGGUUCAUGUUUUUAUGCCCUGUGUUGGGAUUCUAGCCAGUAUCCCAUAGCGGUAGUUACCCGUAUGCCUCGCUUUAUCCCGGUUCCUGUUGAGACUCCGGGGACCCUGACCUUAUUUAGAGGAAAGAGAGAUUUUGGCAUUUCUGCGAUCAUUGUUGGCAUUAUUGCUACAACGGCAGUUGCUGUCUCAGUUACUGCUUCGGCAUUGGCCUUGUCAAACACAGUACAGACAACCCAAACUAUCAAUGACUUAUCGGCUACCGUCUCUGUGGCUCUGGACAGACAGUCCUCGGCUAGUACUCAGAUACAAGGAAGCCUCAUGCUUGUUAACCAACGUAUAGAUCUGGUCCAAGAGCAACUAGAUAUCCUAUGGCAACUGGCCCAGCUUGGCUGUGAACAAAAGCUCCCCGGCCUUUGUGUCACGUCUAUACAGUAUGAACAAUUUACCAAAGCUGCCAAUUUGUCUAAAACCCUUUCACAGCAUUUGUUACAAAAUUGGACCUCGGAUUUUAAGCAGACGCUCAGGGAAUUGAGAGCUGCCAUCAUUCAAGUAAACUCUACCUGA